GCCCUCGGGCGGCCACCUCUGUCGUCGCGGUCGGCCAUGUCGACUUUCGUAGCAAUCACAGAUGGACGCGUGAAAGUCAACAACCGGUAGAGUAAUCGUGUUUGGGUGAAAAUUGCUGCAUCGUAACCGAACGGAUUCGCGAUUGAGGUUUUACACGUGUCAUCGCGAGCAGUUAGUAGCGGCGGUAACAGCAACGUCUUUCGCGACUUUCCCGGUCGAGUGUGCGUCGUAAUAUCGCCGUCUCUUUCCUGCAUAGCUGUCGUCCUCUCGUCAUUUUGAUAUCGCGCCGAUUGUCGGAACGGCGUCGGAUGAACGAAGAUGAGCGCGAACAACAUGCAGGCGUUGUCUGCGUGUUCCAGGUGCUUUUCUAGACACCCUUUCGAGGACCUUUCGCCAGGACAACAGUUGUGCAAGGAAUGCAGAGGAGCGUUUCCUGUAGUAAAAUGCACGUACUGCAGAUCCGAAUUCCAGCAGACCGUAAAGGGCAAUACAAGUACUAUAUGUAAAAAAUGCGAGCAAAACGUCAAAUCCUACGGGAAGCCGUCGGCUUGUGAAUAUUGCAAUACCAUCGCCGCGUUCAUCGGCAGUAAAUGCCAACGAUGUACAAACUCGGAGAAACGUUAUGGCCCGCCGGUCACGUGCGAACAGUGCAAGCAGAAGUGUGCCUUCGAUAGACAGGACGAAGAUAAGAAGCUAAAAAGAGCACAGCGAAAUAAUAAUGAAGAAUUUCUACAAUGUAUAACACAAGUAGAUGGGAAGUUAUUAUGUUGGCUCUGUACGCUGUCUUAUAAACGAGCGUUGGCGAAGACAAAGCAAUCGGAUGCGGACAGAAGAGCGCACAUGAAAUUGGCUCAACAACGGGCUGCGAAGCACAAAGAACAAAAAUUAAAGGGUCACAAUAAGAGACCGCACAGGGUCGAUGUAACGAAGUUGCCGCCGCAAUCUGAAGGCGGUGACACAAACGGUCCUAGUCCGGUGAAGGCAGCACGGAUGGCUGGUGUGCACGACCCGCACGAUCCGAACAGCUCGGAUCACGUAGUGGCGGUCACCCAGCUUAAGGAAAAGAUCGCGCAUCUGCAAAAACAGAUUACUAUCAAGGAUGGCCAGUUAUUAGCCAAGGAUAGACAAAUUACCGAGCUGAAGGCGAAAAACUUCACAUCCGAGACGGAGUUGCGCAACAAAAUGAAGGCGUCAGAGAAGGGGUACGAGACGAAGAUCUCAAACAUGCAGCACAAGAUUUCGAGUCUAUUGAAAGAGGUAGCCUCGUUGUCGAAGACGUCCAAGCGGGGCGAUCGGGUGGCCGCCACCAAGACGGAAGCUGGGACCAACAGCGGUAGCGGAACGGACAGUCCUGUACCUUGAUAAGGUAGGAUAUUGCUCUUCUUCGCUGUUCCUCAUGGCAUCCGUGUGUACGUUCUAAGAGCGUUCUCAAAACAUCAUGAUAUAUUUAUAAAGACUCGUUUGAAGAAAUAAUCGGCUACGCAAGCGUCACCCGCAUGUGCAACAAGCUACGGUGCGCAGAUGUGUGAAGAGUCUUCUCUCUGGGAUUGUAUUUCCAGACACACGAUUAACCGUGACAACGUACUUGAAUUGUCCGCAACUCGCAUGAACCACGUGGUUCUACUAUGUUACGAAUAUAGACAAUUGUUUCUAUUAAUGAGACAAACUUGUAUUAUUUUUCUAAUAUACAGUUGUAUAUUGCUACCGAUGUGCACUGGGAGGAGAAGCUGGGUCUUGCUCGCGUCUCCGUUUAGGGGGGACCGAUCGACGAUACAAGGUUUAUACGUAAGUUCUGUAGCUCACCGCCGAUUUUUCUCUCUCGGAUGAUCGUUUGCAACCAAGCGCCAGUAACGUGCAACGAUUCAUCCGCCACUGCAAUGGCUGAUCUGGCGCGACGACGCGUAUGUGAGAAGCUCGUGAGAAAUUCCGUGUCGUGGCAGAUCGUGCGGUUAAUCUGCGUUUUGUCCGCAACGCGAGAUAUCGAAGGGUCCGUAAUUAGGGAUAAACUCCAAUUGACGAAUUGUACAUGCGUUGUGAAUAGGACAACGUUGACUGACGGCAACGCAGUACCAGCGUUACCGUGGCAUUUUACUAUUUAUAAUGACGACGAUAUAAGCGACGAUGAGCCAGGAUGUGGUUGUAGAUGAAUUUACAAUAAAAGGUUCAAAAUCA